AAUUUUUUGUGUUAAACAAAUCACAAUAAAAUUUAAUUUAAGCAAUUUCCAGCUACUGUAAUGUGAUAAUUUUAACUUACCUAAUAAUGGAAGAUAAUACUACAGAUGAAUUGUUUGAAAUCACAGCGAAAAACUAUCAGAAAUUGUCACAAAACUUAGAAAAGGAAGGAUUUCGAGAAGGUAAAAGUGAUGGAAGUGAUAAAAUAUUUCAAAAGUCAUUCGAUUCAGGGUAUGAGGAUGGAUUUAAAAUUGGAUUUUGCCUCGGACGAAGGAAAGACAGUAAAGCAAAGCUUGGGAGAUGUCAAUUAUGUAUAAAUAAGCAGCUAAUGGAGAUGUCAGAGGUUGAAGCUCGUGAAAUUGUCAAUAGAAAUUAUGAAACUAUAUUAAAGGAACCACCAAAUUAAACUAUGAUUUUUUA